AUGCGAGGAAUGGAAAUGGAUGCCCUUGGGACAAUCAGACAUGUGCCAAUGCUGCUCGAGGUGGGCAUUUGGGGUGUCUGCGGUCGGUACGCCCAUGAAAAUGGAUGCCCCUGGGAUGAACGGACAAGUUCGGACGCUGCACGCCAUGGCCAUUUGGGUUGCCUCAAGUAUGCCCAUGAAAAUGGGUGUCCUUUGGAUGAGAACAUUUCCCUUGAAUUCUGGUCUCAUCUGACACGUCAUACGGCAAAGGAGAAGCUGACACAAGAUAUCAUUGACCUCUUUUUAGCAGACAAAACGAAAGCCACUAGCGAAGGAUUGCAGCCACAGGGCGGAGCUCCUGAUCAUGAGCCUGGUCUCAUGGAUCGCCUGGCAGAGGAUUUUUGGGAAUUCGAGGACGACGACGACGACGUCUCGGAGGACAGUCUAUGGGAAACAAUGGGUACAGGGGAGGCAAGCGACGAGCAGGGAAAUGAGCGUACGGUUCUUUCGUUUUUGGCUGAAGAUAUCAGACAUCUAGCUAACCUCCAUCCCCAUGCCGGACAUGCCGUCCAUCUCCACUUGUUGGCCAUCUUUGAACAUAGUCAAGGCAUUGUCAAUCCCACUGACUCUUCGGCUACCAAAACACUGUGCUGCAGCGGGCCACCCUUUAUUGGACGCAGAGCCGAUCGAGUCACGUACAUGCAAGUCAGCAAGAAUCCAGAGCAACGUUUUGCCUCAUCCUGCAGCGUAACUUAG